UAGUGAUCCUGAUGGAUCCGUCACUUCUUUGCUCAGAUGACCAAAGACCUCUAACUGUCACAGAGAGUCAAACAGAAGAUUUGGAUUCUGUUUCUAAGAGUCCUACAGUCAACAUAUUGUCUGCACAUGAACCAGAAACAGAGACUGAGUCUGAUCUCUCAGACACCCCUGAGAGAAACACUAACCCAGAUAGUUUGAAGUCUUUAAUGCCAAAUUGUUUGUCACUUUGCUCAGAGCCUUCACCAAAGGAUGAUGAUUUCAGGGUUCACUGCUGUUUGGAUUCAUCAGAACCUACAUUACCUCUUCUACCUCAGCUCUCUCAUGACCUUAUUUCAUCCAGAUCAGAAACUUUCAAGUUUUUUGUCCAACAUGAGCUAUCACCCUCUUUUCCUGAAUCUUUUGGGGCUGUGUCAUCAUCAUCUGAGGGUUUGAUGGAUCCGUCUUUCACUGAGCUCGUCUCCACGUGCAGCUCCAGCCCUGAUCACAGUGAAGCCAUUUCUUUAUUUAGGUCAUUAAGGCCCCAGUCAGAUAGCUUAGACAGUGAUAAAAUAGCAGCACCUAUGCCAGACCUUUACAUCUUUGAAAGUGACACACAAGACUUCAUCCUGAGCCCAACUUUAGAACCCCAUCAGAUUAAAUGUCCUGAAUACCAGCCAUUGGCUCAAUCAGGAGGGGAAAAGGCAAACCAUGAGUGUGAUGCACAUGUCCUGAUGUGUGAUUCAGGAGACAUUGUGACACAAUGUCAUCACAGCUCUGGUGAGGAGUGUGUUACAGAGAGCAAUGAGUCAGACAUGAGACAACACGCAGGGUUAAUACCACCUGCCUCGGAUGCCUGGGAAGUUGACAUGGUGUCGGUAAGUGAUGUGAGGCAAGUAAGGCAAAGGAAAGAAGAGGUCACCGGUUUAACCCUUCAGCUACAGCGCAGCGACAGCCCUGUGGAGCUCUGGCUGGAUGCAUGCCAGUAUCUGGCAGGUGAGGAUACAGAUGAACAGGAUGUUUUGGACAAGACAAGACCCUCUGUGAUGCAAGGAGGCUUCUCAGCUACCACUGACUUAUCUUUUCCUCCAGGAGGAUCAGAUUACAGCCCUGAUGGUAGCGAAGGGAUUGGCUGGUCCAGUGAUGACACCAGAGGUUGGGGGCCACCGGUUCAAAGAUGGUCAUCGGUGGACAGCUGGGCCAGUGCUCUCUCAGACUGGACUGGGAUCAUCGCAGCUCCACCCGAGGACAUCACUGCUGCCUUUGCAGAGAUAGGGGCUGAGAUAGAUGCUCUGACACAGGCACUAGCAGACGUGAAUAUAGAAGCAACGACGUUGAAGGAAGGACAGAGUCUAGAGACCGCAGCGCAGGCACAAUCACCGCCUAUCAUGGGUGUCCAGGAUCAGCCUCUAAAGGCACAAAACAUCCCAGAGAGCUCCAUCCACUCCGGGCAGAGCUGUCUGUCUUUGUGCUUCGAAGCUGCAGGACCUGCACUUCGUGACAGAGAGAGCUCCCAGAGUGUUGAAUCCUUGUGUGAUUCAGCACCUACCACACAAGGAGAAAGGGAGAGAGAGGAAUUCCUGAGUUGCCAAGCAGAGGGCUGUCUAUGUGCACCUCCCCAGCAUUCAUCCAUAGGUUCGCAUGGUGCCACGGUGGUGUCUCCUCGAUGUGCUGUCAGACUGACGCCUGGAUCUACUUCUGCUGAUUUGGACUUUUCCCAGUUUCUCAAGUCCUUGGAGACAGACAUUUUCAUGAGCAAUGAAGAAGAGCCGAUUAUUCUGAGUAUAAUAGAAGAUACUGAUUUGGAUGCUCCUGCAGAGCUAGUAAUUGAGGAGGUAAGAUGGCUUAUAGAUAUAUAUUCGUUAGCAUCUCUUGGAUUGGUUGUUCAGCUUGAAGCAUGAAUUGUGAUUAGAUAUUUUGCAACUAAAUUCAGGGACAGCAUGCAUUUGCUUUCUUGUGUCUGUGUAUACCUGCCAGUCUGCACAUCACAAACACACACCACUUAUAUUAAAGUGUGUGAGAGGCAAAGAGUGAGAACGUGCACUGGAAAGUUUCACCCUUCACACAAUGAUACUCCUCGCGCCGCUGGCCAACAGAUAAAUCAGUCAUGUGCUUUGGAAACACAGCCAGAACGUUAAGAGACAUUCCCGGUCUUGUCCUUGUCGGUGUUGUCAUACUUUUAGGAUUGGAAGCCAGUCAGGAGGUGCGUUUGAAUCUGAAAUCCGUGUCCAUCAUCACACGGGACUCACAAACAUUAUCGGCUUGCUUUGGAUGGGAGCCACUCCGUUUGCUCCCAGCCUUGAUUCUGUGUUAUUGGUUAAGUCCUCUGGCUCCCAUCUCAAAGAGCGACAGCUGUGGGUGCUGAAGGAAACAGGAGUGCUGGAGAGGAAAACUUCAGAUGGACAGAAAUGGCAUCUAAUAAUAACCGAGAGUUCAAUGAUAAUAGCAUGCAUCCAUGGCGUGUCAGGGUGGAGGGGUGAGAGGAGAGCACAGCUGAGGCCUGAAACAUGACCCCUCUUUGCUCUCUCUCUUUUCGUACGUGCCCUUAAACACACCCAUUCCGACCACAUCUCCUUUAAAAACUUGGGAUCGGGAUGCUGACAGGUCCUUGGGGCCUAGGAAACUGCUUUUGAUUGGCUUGGGUACGCAAAGAGUAGCAGGAGCUCCUGACUGUAACACUGACGCUAAAGUCGCAUGCAGGACAUAUGGACUGGUGGAUCGCAUAUAGGAGCAUGGUGUUCCUUAAACAUCUGCUGUGUGGCUCUUUAGACAGGUAUGUGUUGGAUUGAAGAAUGAAAAGAACCAGAUGUAGUCUUUAUAAUUCAAAAACUUUACUUAUCUGUUACUGAUAUUUAAGGUAGACCUUCAACCGUAUAUCUACCUAUUAACAGCCUUAUUUUGAAGUGUGGAAGAACAGAUAUUCUUGUCCGUACAUUGCUUAGUCUCAGAAAUGAACAAUUUCCUCAACUCAACUAACAUUUUCAUCACUAUUUGUACAUUUUCAUCCUCAGCGCUUUGGAGAUGGAUUGUGUAAAGUGACAGAUGACAGUGUCCCCCAGCCUGCCUCCGUUGCCGAGCAGGAAGCUAAACGGAGCUUUGGGCAAGCUGAAGUUGAAGGAAACAAACCUACGACAGAUCCUAAUCUCCUCUCCACACACACUCUAAUAAACUCACAUGUGCCAGGUGUGGACAUACAACCUGGCCGUCAUAUUAAUGUUCACACACACGUGUCGUUUGACUCUUUGCCAGACCUUGAUGGAGCAUGUCAGGUGGAGCCACAGUGGGGUAGUCCUAAGUUUAUUAUGCCCUUAGCGCCGCUCUGUUUUGGCUCCUCCCUCAUAUGUCGGGCAAACUGCAGCUUGGAAGGAGAUCAGACUGGUGAUAAAAGGUCUCUCAAUGACAACAGAGACCUCAUUUGUGAUCACUUACAACACUGCGGUCAGUGGCCGACCCCGGAUGGAAUUACUGACAAACCAUCUCUGGAAGGUGAUGAGGAGUUGAUUCACAACAAGGAGAAUACAGUAAACACUGCUGAGGAAUCUUCACCAGACGAACGACCAGGCUUGACCAGCGACACUGAAGAAUGCACUGCAAGAGAAUCAUUUACUGAGGAUAUUAAUGAUCCGAGUAGAGAACUAGCAAAUUUCAGUGUUUUCCCAUCAGAUCCUUUCUUUAUUUCAGAGGAGAAACGCAUUGCCUACAUCACUUUAGAUAUAAAUGACCCAUUUGUCCCAAGGCCUGCAAAACCCAUCACACAACCUGAGAUAAACUGGAAAACAACUGAGAAGAUGCCUCAUAAAACGCGCUCCAAAAAGGACAAAGCUGGUCAUCACCAUGGAGCACCAGCUUCCAAAAAACAAGAGGGUAUAUCCCACCAUGUUCCCAACCAGCAGGCCUGCAAACAGCAAGAAACUCACCCUCCUGCUGUAGAAAACCACACCAGCGAGAACACUAUAGCUGGGCUGGAGGCCAAGGAGGCUAAAUUGGUGAUCGAGACUGGUGUGGCGACUGAGAAGAGCACAAGCAAGUCACAUGGACACAAGAAGAAGAAGAAACACAGCCAGAAUGCAACAUCAGUAAUAAGUGGAGGAGAGCCACUGACUGAAGUGGAGAAUGGAGCAAAACCAAAGACUGCAAAAGGAAGGAUUGAUAUGUUUGAGGCCAAGCUGGGUGCCAAAGCUGGAAAAGCUUCAAAGGACUGCAUUCAGUCAGACGCUGCUGAGAAGAAGCUGCAACAGCCAGACGCUAAAGCAUCACAGGGAGGAAGACAGAAUCACACAGAUCAUGAAGACCGCCAACCUAAAAACUUCACCAGUCCUCUGAAUGAUGAUGUUGUUAAAAGGAGACGCCUGUCAGAGGAAAAGUUUGGGAAGAUUGUCAGCGUUUUGGAGGCUAAACUUCCAAAGUCAGAUGUUUCAGUGAAGGCAAAAUUAGAGGAGCUCAAGGCAGAUGUCGGAGCAUCUCGUAAGAAGGCCUACAGUGAAGUGGUCAAACAGAAAAUCCCACACAAAGAAGACCUGAAGGUGGUGCAGCCGAUCCAGGCAGCGUCUGUGAGUGGAGACCCCCAGAGUCUGUGCUUGUGGUGUCAGUUCGCUGCCGUCUUCUCUGAUUACACCGUGACUUGGAGCAGAGAGGGAACUGUCCUGGCAGAGAUCAAGAGAAGUGCAGGGGACGAGAGCAGAGUGUCACUGACCAUCACCAACGCUACGAACAAACAUCUGGGCAAGUACCAGUGUCGUCUCAGCAGCUUACAUGGAUCAGUCAGCCUGGACUACCUGCUCACAUAUGAAGUGCUCAGUGAGAUUGUCAUCCCUCCAUCUCCAAAGACUAUUACAGUCGCCCCUGUAGAGGUGAGCUGUGAGGAAGAGGACGUCCACUGUUCCAGGCUGAUGUUCAAAGAGGAUUUUCUAUCCGACCAGUACUUUGGAGAGAACCAUCCCAUCAGCAUAAUCACGGAAAAGGUCCACUUUGGGGAGGGGAUGCAUCGGCGGGCUUUCCGGACCAAGUUUCACGCGGGUCAGGUACCCCUGUUACUGCCAGGACACUCCUGUGUGCUCAAAGUACACAACGCCAUCAGCUACGGGACCAAGGACAACGAGGAGCUUGUUCAGAAGAACUUUACGCUGGCUGUGGAGGAGUGUCAGGUCCAGAACACAGCAAGAGAGUACAUCAAAGCGUACACUGCUGCAGCCCAGGCAGUUGAAGCCUUCGGUGACGUCCCAGAGAUCAUUCCCAUCUACCUGGUCCACCGUCCGUCCAAUGACAUCCCCUACGCCACGCUGGAAGAGGAGCUGAUUGGCGACUUUGUGAAGUAUUCAGUAAAGGACGGCAAAGAGAUCAACUUGAUGAGACGCGACUCAGAGGCAGGACAGAAAUGUUGUGCUUUCCAGCAUUGGGUCUACCACAAGACUGAGGGCAACCUGCUGGUUACUGACAUGCAAGGAGUGGGCAUGAGGCUUACUGAUGUGGGAAUAGCCACCUGUAAGAAAGGGUACAAGGGAUUCAAAGGAAACUGUGCCACCUCCUUUAUCGACCAGUUCAAAGCUUUACACCAGUGCAACAAGUACUGUGAAAUCUUAGGCCUCAUUUCCCUGCAGCCCAAACCAAAAAAGCCGAUCUCUGCUCCCAAACCCAAACCCCAACCGUCUGCUGCCCCCAAGAAGAAAACAUUUGGGCCGACACUCAAGGGCAAGUCAUAAUAGGAGGAGAACCUUGGACUAAAGGCUUUGCUAUUGAUUGAAAUUGGGACUUUCUUUGGUGAUUCUCUUCACUCUCUUUGGACCUUGUAAUGCAGGGAUUUGCUUGUCAAAGAGAACUAAGUUUGCAGCAGGACAGAUCAUAGAGGAGGAUGUCACACAACCAGCAGCUGUCGUUUCAUGCAGCAGUUUUCUUUAUUCAAAAGAUCUCUGUUUAUUUUAUUGAGGAUUUCACUUGAGUUUCUGCGUUGUAUUAUUUUCUUUAGUUCACCAGUUUUGGAGAAACUAUGACACUUUUAAGGAACACUUGAAAAUGAUGAGAAUGUUGAUGCGUUCGUCUACAGCGAUGAACUGUGAUGUCUUAGACUGCUUGAUUGAUGAGGUGCAAGGAUUUUUCUCUGCAGGCGGUUUCUUGUUUUUCUACUUGUGUGAUGUUUUCAAACUACCGGUUCAUUAAAUUAAUGGACUUGUUAAUUAAUUGAUUAGACGAAAUGUCUUUGAAGUAGGUCGUAUGAGUGGGUGUGUUUGGUUUGCAAGGUGGCAGAGUCAUUUGAUGAACAUAUACCCAGUGUAAUGUUUCAAUAUUGUAUUAUUUGUUCAUUUAGUUAAGCUACUAAGCUCAUGUUUAUAUUCUGGAAAGAAGACAAAGCCAUUUGUAUUCGUAAAACUCAUGUAAAGUAUCUUUUUGAAUGUAUUUAAUUUGAAAUGUGAAGAUUUUUGAUUUGUGAUUAUGUUAUCUGGAGCAUUUCUUCCUGUUACAUUGAUUUCAAAUGCCUGGCAUCAUUUCAAGAUAUCUAUAUGCAAAGGUUUUUAUGUAUGUGACAUGAAAGACCUGUGAAAAUGAACUAAAUAGGAGUCGAUUUCAUCUCAGUAGUAUUGAAGCUAUUCAACCUGCAGUCUCAGGCUGUUUUUAUUUAAUAAGUGUCUGUCUUGGUCUCACUGUUGCCUCUUGUUACCCAGUUUGCUGACGUGGAGCGACGGCCAGUGUGUCGCCAAAGAGAUGUUGCUGGUUGAAAAUGCUUUCUGAAUCUAAUUUGACUCAUAUUUUCAGUGUGGGGACAGAUAUCAUGACAGAUGGGAGGUGUGGAACGCAAAGAAGUGGCUGUUUUUGUACUCAGGGCUGGGACUGAAAUGUUAACAUCACGUGAUUUCAUUCUUAGAACUCUCACUCUACAGCAACAAGAAGCAAUAAACACUUUAUUUACAGCGUGCAUAAAGACAACUGUGGAAUCUUAAAACACAGCGGUACAAGGGUUUAAAUGAGAUGAGCUGUUGACAUGUUGAAAACGCUUUCAAGAAAUGGCAGCAGCAUGGAAAACAAAUGGGCUGACUGUUUUGAUCUGCACUUAAAGGUGAAAGCCUCCAGCAGCGAGUUAGCACCUCAGAUGCAAAACUAAGUGGGUCACACUGGGAGCCUAAACAUCACAUACGACAUAUCAACACAUAGUAGGUCUAUUUCCAUCUUCUGUCUGUCCUGCGGUGGUGUCU